AUGGAGUCCGUGAAGAUGAGAGCUGUGACGGGGGUGAAGGAAUUUGCGGGGAAGACCCUGGGCAAAAUGUACAAGGUGAUCGAGAGGAAGCAGAAGACCGGGGAGGUGAUCGAGCUGACGGAGGACGGGCGGCCCCGGGAGGCCGCGGCGAAGAAGCCCCCGCUGUGCGACUGCAAGUGCUUCGGUCUGCCCCAGCGCUACAUCAUCGCCAUCAUGAGCGGCCUCGGCUUCUGCAUCUCCUUCGGCAUCCGCUGCAACCUGGGCGUGGCCAUAGUGGGCAUGGUCAACAACAGCACCAUCCACGAGAACGGCAAGAUCAUCAUCACAGAGAAAGCCAAGUUCAACUGGGACCCGGAGACCGUGGGUUUGAUUCACGGAUCUUUUUUCUGGGGCUACAUCGUGACCCAAAUCCCGGGAGGAUACAUCUCCUCCAGGCUGGCGGCAAACAGGGUAUUCGGUGCGGCCAUUGUUCUGACCUCCAUCCUCAACAUGUUCAUUCCCUCGGCUGCACGAGUCCACUACGGCUGUGUCAUUUUCGUCAGGAUAUUACAAGGGCUGGUGGAGGGAGUGACCUACCCGGCCUGUCAUGGCAUCUGGAGUAAGUGGGCUCCUCCCCUGGAGAGGAGUCGUCUGGCCACCUUAUCAUUCUGUGGCUCUUAUGCUGGAGCUGUGAUAGCGAUGCCCCUGGCCGGGAUCCUGGUUCAGUAUUCUGGCUGGUCCUCAGUCUUCUAUCUCUAUGGAUGCUUUGGCAUCUUCUGGUACAUGUUCUGGAUCCUUGUGUCUUAUGAGAGCCCUGCUGAACAUCCCACCAUCACUGAUGAGGAACGCUGCUACAUUGAGGAGAGCAUUGGAGAAAGUGCCAGGCUCGCGGGUCCUUCUGAGAAAUUCAAGACCCCCUGGAAGAAGUUCUUCACCUCAAUGCCUGUCUAUGCAAUCAUUGUGGCCAACUUCUGCAGGAGCUGGACCUUUUACCUGCUGCUGAUCAGCCAACCUGCCUAUUUUGAGGAAGUGUUUGGCUUUGAGAUAAGCAAGGUGGGCAUGUUGUCUGCUCUUCCCCAUUUGGUGAUGACCAUCAUUGUGCCCAUCGGCGGCCAGCUGGCCGACUACCUGCGUGAAAAGAACAUCCUGACAACCACCACCGUCAGGAAAAUCAUGAACUGUGGAGGAUUUGGUCUGGAGGCCACAUUUCUGCUAGUAGUGGGAUAUUCCCACAGCAAAGGGGUGGCCAUCUCCUUCCUGGUGCUUGCAGUGGGAUUCAGUGGAUUUGCUAUAUCAGGGUUUAACGUCAAUCACCUGGAUAUUGCUCCGCGUUAUGCCAGCAUCCUAAUGGGCAUUUCUAAUGGUGUGGGUACCCUGUCCGGGAUGGUGUGUCCUCUGAUAGUUGGUACUAUGACGAAGAACAAGACUCGAGAAGAAUGGCAGUCCGUGUUCCUGAUCGCCUCCAUGGUGCAUUAUGGGGGCGUCAUCUUCUACGGGAUCUUUGCUUCGGGAGAAAAACAGCCGUGGGCCGACCCCGAGCAGACCAGCGAGGAGAAGUGUGGCUUCAUCGAUGAGGACGAGCUGGCAGAGGAGACGGGCGACAUCACUCAGAGCUACGGUGCUUUCGGAGGUCAGGCUAAGACGUACGGCGCGACCACUCAGGUGAACGGAGGCUGGGCCGCCGGCUGGGAGAAGACCGAGGAGUACGUCCAAGAGGAAGCACAGGGAGCGGGCUACGGGUACAGGCAGGAUGAGGGCUACUCUUAAACCAAACCCACACUCAUCGACACACAAAAGUAGACUUAUUUUCCUGAGUGUGCGUCAGUUUAGUCAUAAAAAUAUCAAGAAACUACAAUCCAUCAUUGUAGGCUAUGGUUUGCACAAAUUCUAAAUAAAGAAAUCUAAAAAAUGACGAACGUAGUGUAAAGAUUACUAAAGCACAUAGAAAAUAUAAGGAUAUUUGAUUAAUAGAGGUGUCACACAUAUCAAAUUGGCAGUCUGUAAGUGUAAUAUUAUGCAUAUUGAUGAUAAAUAUAUUCAUUUGGAGUGCAACUGUAUGUAAACGUGAACAUUUCCAUCCUAUUAGCGGAGGCUUCCUGACAGCACUUGAGCCUGUAGGGCUAGGUAGAAGCUGCCCAUCAGAACCGAGCCCUCAAUUAUCAAAUUACCUGUUACAGUACAAUGUUCUACAAGCCAGCCAUUACAGUGUAUAGAUAUGUCACUGCACAGCAAUGUAAACAGAAGCUAGACACUCUGUUGGUAUAGAUUGUACGGUGUGUCUCCUGAACGCACUCAGAGUAGUGUGACUUUUUUAAUGCACAACAUGAUUUUUUUAUUUCCUCAUCCACGGCUUCUAUGUGUGUGUGGGUGUGUGUAUGUGUGUGUGUAACUCUAAGUCCUUGAUGUGUAAGUGAGCUGCUGUAAAGAUUUGAAGUGUGGUGUGAUGAUUCUUGCUGACCGUUUGGUUACACUUGCAAAAAGGUAAAAAAUGUCUUUGUUUGCUACAUGUGACCCGUUUAUGUAACUCUGCUGUUUGAGCUUUUUGGUUUUUGUUUUACCAAUUGCGACCCGUCACAUCUCAGCAGUGUAGUGCAGGAGUAAAGCCAUUCUCCUUAUCGUGAUCCACAUUGCUCUCAAAGCCUAUAGCUGUACCAAUGCAUUGUGGAAACACAGUUUUAAAUAAAACAUAUAUUUCAGAGAUAACUAGCAAUGCGCAGAGUAGAUGUAUAAACGUUUAUAGAUUCAAUUUAGACAUUUAGAGAUUCAUGGUCAGACACGACCUUAUGGAGAGUUGGUGCAAUGGAAAGUACAGACUAACAAAAAUCUGUAUGAGAAUCUUCAUAUAUUAAAACAGCAAAUAUUACGUUUAAUGAAAUAGAAAGUUAUUUAAAAGUAUGAAAUAGAUAUUUACGUAAUCCAAUGAAUAGGUGAGUAAUAUUGAAAGAACAUUUUAAAGCCCCUGAAAACAAAGUAUUUCUCAAUAACUUCAAUAUAUACGAUAAAAAGGGGAAAUCUGUGUGCCUGAAACAUUCUGGUUCUAGUUGGCCAAUCACUUUUGAGCAGGCGUUGGUUGCCCGCAGGUUAACAUUCCAUGAUCAGAGCAAAAGAAGCAGAACACAUUGACCCAAAUGAUCGAUAACCCCAAAUGUUGUUUGGACCAAAAACACUUACAAAAAAGCAGCAGAAAUGUUUGUUCAAAGAAACAGGUCGGAUUAUAAAGAGUGCACAGUGAGCUGAAGACAGAGCCUUGGACUAGAUGUCUCCACCGAAAGCCCCAGAGUCAAAGUCAGCAUCAGACCAAACAAGACUGUUUCAUCCAGACUUUGUU